UGUACUUGUUUUGGAACUCUCUAUUUUGUGUUUUGUGUAUGCCCCCCCUCUCUGUCUCUCUCGUGGCUGUCCUCCCUUGAUGAGUUGGUGGAUAUAAAUCAAACCCAUUUCCUCCCCUGUUUGAUAUAGAAUCAAUCCCAUAUAAGUUUUUCAUGCAAGCCCCCUAGCUAGCUAGUAAGUAAUGGAGCUGAUAGUUAUGACUACGCUGUGUUUUGUCCUCUUGGCUUUGCUAACACCAUCUGCUUCUUUACAAAUUCAGGUGCAACCAUCACAUGAAAGGGCCAAUGAACUCCAGCAUUAUUCUCUCCCUGCACUACCAAGAAAGCUCAGACUCUUUGAGGAAGUAACGGUUAAAGAAUAUGGAGGUCAAGAUUCCACAUCAUACAAUGAGGAAUAUGUUGCAGGUAAGCAGGCAAAGCAUAAUAACAAGGAGCAAGUUAAUAAUGUGGUGCAUGGAAACAAAGGGACAUGGAGAGAAUGGGUGGAGAGAGGUGCAGAUGAGUCAGAUUUUUAUACAAUGGAUUAUUCCAGUGUUAGAAGAAGACCUCCCAUACAUAACAAGUCCAUGCCGGUUACUCCAUGAAACAUGGGAUCAAGCUGAGUCAAGGGUAUCGGAUUUCAUUCCCAGAGUACAAGUACAGAUCAACAAGCUACUUAAGUCACUUUUUGGAUACAGUUUUGGCAAAAGUAAUUAGGGAAUUGAGGAAUGUGUCUUCUUCUAUUGUGUAUUGUGGCCGACAUUACGGAGCAAAAUUCUAAGAUUUUGUUUUAAAACCCCACAAAAGGACCCUACGUACCCCUACCGGUGCGUACAAGUUAAUUCUAUAUUUGUCUUAUCGAUCAACUUUUUUUUUUCUAAAUACUAGUCAAAUAUUGGGCUCACAAACCCGAACCCCACAGUCUCACGAGUUACAAACACGUUUGUAUUAGUUGGAAACCAACAGUACGUGCUUGAUUAUAGUAAACAAGUUUAAUUUGUAUUGUAUUGA